GUUUGCAAAGACGUUAAUUUAUAUUUUCAUUUUUUAGUAGUUUAUCAAGAAAAUAAUGUAGCUAGUAAGGCUUCUGCGUCUUUUAAUUUUACGGUGGUGGAGGUUAACCCGUAUUUAGAGAAUAAAUGUUUAGAGGCAAGCCCAGACAAAAUUGCCAAUUUUAAUGAGAACACAGAUGGUGGUUUUUUAAUGGCGGAAGUUCAAGAGCCUUUUGUAUGUAAGCCUUUGGAUCUGCUAUUGCCUGAAGCAACAAUUAUGAAUUAUGGCUCAAAAACUGAAUGUGUAGAUUUAGAUAUUAGAAAAGAAUUCGAAAAUUAUAAUGUAGCUGGUCCCUCGACUAAAGGUGAAGAUUUAGAUGAGACAAUAAUAUCCUCCGAGCUAAAUUCGGAUCAAGAACGCACUAUUUAUGAAUUAAGAAAUGUUUUAGAUGAUUCCGAUCAAGAUUACGUCCCUGAUAGUUCUUCGUCAGAAACCUCCGAUGAAGAGGAUGUUACGGAUAACCAUGUUCCGUUAACUACCAAUUUUCAAAAGAAAAGAACCCGUUGGAACAAAUCAGAUCCUUUUCAAUGGAAAAAGAAUCUCGCUAAGCGUCAGAAAGUCGAAGCUAAAGCCCCACAAAAUAUUGAUUGCUCAAAAUGUCGUUUUAAGUGUACAGAGAAGAUUUCUUUAGAAAAAAGAAUGAUAAUUUGUAAAAACUAUUGGAGCUGCGAUUUUAACAGAAGAAAAGAUUUUGUUUUAAACAAUGUUAUAAGUAAAGUGCCUGAAAGACGAAGAGCAAAACGCACAAGCAUGAAAAAACCAAGGGAAGACUCGAAAAGUUUCUUUUUUUACCACAAUGACACAACUGUAAGAGUAUGCAAAAGCUUUUUCAUUAAAACACUUGCCUUUAGGAUCCUAGGAGGAGGAAAAUUAUUUAGCGGUAAUGAUAAACGGGAAAAAAAGGAACCUCAUAAUAAAACUAAAUCUGAAGAUUACGAAAAAGUUAAGGCUCAUAUUGAAUCUUUUCCUGUAAUGGAAUCUCAUUACACGCGAAAGUCUACUAAACGGCAGUAUCUGGAUUCCAAACUAACCAUAGCAAAGAUGCAUUUUCUUUAUAAACAAUUUUGUGAAAAGGAUGAUUUAGUACCUAUUUCACUUAUAACUUAUAGAAGGAUAUUUUGCAAAAAUUACAACUACUCGUUCUAUAAGCCAAAAAAAGAUCAGUGCCAAAUUUGUAUGCAGUAUAAAAGUGGCAAAGAUAAGAAGAAAAAAGAACUGGAAAAUAUAAUAUAUCAGACCCACGUGUUAAGAAAAGAAGAUUGCAAUGCUGCUAAAAUUAAAGAUAAAGAAAGAGCAUUACAUGACAAUACCUUUUUAGCUCCUUGUUUGGACGUGUCAGCUGAUUCAGAACGCUUCAUUUACGUUUUUUUAAGCAGUCAGAUCUAUGAAAUUUUAUCUGUGCAUUAA